AAGCGAGAGUCAUAGUAGUAGUAGCAGUAGAUUGGCCGGCUAGGAAUUAUAAAUAUAAACAGGGCUACAUUUAAGAAGCGGCAGAGAGAGAAGCAAUGGCCACCACACCACCAACAACAUGGAAUGAAUAAGGAUGAGGUGCAUGUGAUUUUAUCUUUGCAAUCCACAAUUACACAUCUCCAAAGCAAGUUCGAUCGGUCAAAUGGGCCUACCCCAAUUGCUUUCUUGAAAGGGAAAUCUCCAUGAGAAAGGCAAAAUAAUAAAAAAAAUAUAUCAAAGGAAAAGGAAAAGGUUAGAAGAAAGUGGCAAAGGAAGAAAAAGAAAGAAGAAGAUAUGGAGGACGUGACGAUGAUGAUGAUCAGUAGUAGCCCAGAAAAUCCCAGAAAUGAGACCAUUUCUACUGAGCCAAUCACCACCUCCACUUGCCCAACCUGGAAACUUUACGAAAACCCAUUUUAUUAUUCCCAUCACAAUCACUCCCAUCCUAAUCAACAACAACUACAACAACAAUGCCAAACUAGCAACUACAAGAGCCUCCAUUGCCUUCAACUCCCUCUCUCUGCUCGAAAGCUUGCUGCUUCUUUCUGGGAUCUAACUUUUUUCAGACCCAUCAUGGAGUCUGAGCUGGAUUUUGCUCGUGCCCAGAUCAUGGAAUUGAAAACUGAGUUGGAGUACGAACGCAAGGCACGCAAGAAGUUGGAGUCCAUGAACAAGAGGAUGGCCAAGGAGCUGUUUGAAGAGAGGAGAGGAAGAGAAGCUGUGGAAAGAGUCUGUGCAGAGCUUGCUAAACAGAUAUCAUCCGAUAAAGCAGAGAUUAGUAGGAUGAAGAGAGACAUGGAGGAGGAGAGGAAAAUGUUGAGGAUGUCUGAGGUUUUGAGGGAAGAGAGAGUUCAGAUGAAGCUGGCCGAGGCCAAGAUUCUCUUCGAAGAAAAGCUCUUGGAGUUGGAAGGUUCUAUUCGCAUCCAGUCUCAGAAUUUUAAUUUUUCACCAUUCAAGACAACUGAGCAGAGCACCGAGGAAGUCAAAUUUCCUAGCGGAUCAUUCACUUGCAAAGCUGUUGGUGGUUUCUCGGGAAAAUUCAGAAAUUUGGAGUUCGGUGAGAAAUCAAGCUGCAAUGAUAGUAAUGGCGUUGUUUCAGGGGAAUCAAGAGGGUCGGUUUUGAUUGAGAAGUCAGCUUUUGGCUCUGAUAUUAAUGUUCUUGUUUCCAAAGUGUCCACAAGGUCAUCGGUUCUGUGCGAGAAGCCUGCUUGUAAUGAUAAUAAUGGCGGUGUUUCGUCAACUGCCAUUCAGAAAAAGGCCUCUCCAGAACCUGAGAAUCCUCAUAUAAAGAGAGGGAUUAAAGGGUUCGUUGAAUUCCCCAAAGUGGUUCGAGCAAUUGGAUCCAAAAGCAGGCACUGGGGCACAAAAUUGGAGUGCCAAAAGGCUCAGCUAAGAAUUCUGCUCAAACAGAAGAGUCCCAUCCGAUCAAACAGUCUCAUUACGAGUUAAAGAUUGUCGUUGAUCCUCUUGUUCACAACACUACAAGGCUUGAUUAAUUUAUUCUUUUUGUUUUUUUUGUUUUUUGGGUGAAUAUCAAUAAUCUAUUUUCAUAGCCUAUUUUGGUUUUCUUUCUGCAAGACUGCAACAGGGUCACCAUAAGUGUCCAGUUUUAUUAAUGAUGUUGAAAUACCAUAAGAAUGGAGUACAUAUAUAAUUGAAUUUUGUAUUUUUGGAAGAGUGGAUAUGAUGUAUAAAAAUCUGUUUUUGAAUG